AUGGAUGGUCAAAAUAUCGCCAUGGAAUGUGGGAAAUCAAAUCGAUCUGAUGCCGGUCUGGAUGACAGUCGUCCUGUUAGCGCCACCACAACACAACCUCAAUAUUCUGAAAUACCUGAUUUUCGAGUAGAUUUUAGCGGCUGGGAAUGUGCAUCUGAGCCACAAGCGGGGUUAAGCUACCUAAGUCUUGUGCCAAUUGACUAUUUUGGCGCAGGGUAUGAAUUUUCGACCACUACCGAAGAUUAUAGUGGAAAAAUCAAGAAACCCCGGCGUUCGAGGUUAUUUUCCAGACGGGGGGCAGUGGUCUUACAAAACAGCCCUCUUGGCAAAGGGUCGCACCUUGUGAAGAAAUUACACAUUGCAGUAAACUCAUCAGAUUAUACUGCAGUUUGUAAAUUUUUAGAAGAUGGUGUUGAUCCAAGUGCUGCAGAUGAUAAACAUAGAACUCCUUUACACAUAGCCUCAGCUAAGGGAGCACAAGAAAUUGUACAAGUUCUUCUACGCCAUGGUGCAAAUCCAAAUACAAAGGAUGUUAUUGGAAAUACUCCACUCCAUUUAGCUGUAUGCAGCAAUCAAAUCGGGACUAUAACUAUGUUGUUGAAAGGAGGUGCCAAUGCCCAUGCUCUUGAUAGAAAUGGAAGAACACCAUUACAUUUAGCUCACUCCAGAUUGACACGAACUACUGACUAUAAUUAUAAUUCUCAGCAACUGAGAAUGGAAGUGACAGAGAUUAUAGCCAUGCUGAAAAUGUAUAUACAUAGCAUUGGUUUUGGUGGUGAAAUUGACAAGCUUAAUGAACUUGGUGAUAAACUAGAAGAAACUACAACAAAGAAAGGGGUUGAUGAGAUCCAGGAGAUGUUGGUUGGCUUCACUCAUAUGACAAUAGAGAAACAGUGCAAGGUGAAAGAUACAUCAUGAUGUGAUCGGGAAACAGUAUGAAAUGAUAUGGCAG